CCUCUUUCCCCAACAUACCUAAGUUCUAUUCUUUCCCUUUUCCUAGUUGAAUCAACAUAAAUUAAUUACCUUACAUUGGAAAUGCUACAAGAAGAUAAUUUUUGUCCAUAGGCAUAACUAACAUCAAAAUGGUACAGCGGUCUUAUAAACUACUAAUAUUUCAUAUAGCCUAUCAAUUUGGGUAAUCACUUACUUUCAAUCUAAUAUUCCAAAUACUAAUCUUAUUAGAAAGAGUUAGAAUUAACUUAAAAAAGCAAAGCUAUUUAUCGCAAAGAAUAUUAAAUAAAUUGUUUUUUUGUGAAAUGAUUUCUAAUUUUUAAAAUUUUGAAUUUCAAACUUUAGAUAUCAAGCAGGUGACUUGUAGCGAUUUUUUUUGUGCAAUCUAAAAAAUAUAUUGGACAAAUUAUUAAAACUGUAGAAGAACUGCUUUUGUGUUCCACUCAAAUGAAUAGGUAGUACGUUGUGCGAAACCGGAUUUAGACAGGCUCGAAUAUGGGUACCAGACACCGGAUGGCAAAAAAAAAAAAUAUAAUUUAGAAAAUAACUUUAAUUUUAACAAAAAUAGGGGAUCGAAUUGUGCAUUAAUUAUUGGGGAAAAAAAAGUAGGAAUCUUAGUAGCUCUGUUGUAGACUUUCACCUUGUUGUGAGGGUUCAAAUCCCCACGUUAUAAUCCCCUUCCUCUAUCCCUACCCCUAUCCCUAUGUAAUAAACAAAAAAAGGUAGUAAAGAAAUGACUUCAUAUAAAACCUCAUUUUUUUUCACUUCAUUAGUAAAUGUAUCAUUUUCCUAAGGGUCUGUUUGGAAAGCCACCUGGUAAUUGGAAUACUUGUGCACUAUUUCUCUCUCUCUUUCUACCCAAUACAACAAAAUUCCAGUUUUUUUUCUUGUUUGCAAGGUUUAAUUCACAUGAAUUAAUCACUCCACGAUCGAAAUCCUACACAAAAUAAGUGCUUUGAUAUACACAAUUAACAUAAAAAAAAAUUAAUUUAGUAAUCACUCACUUGAAAAGUAAACGUAUCAUCUCUCCAGCAGCUCGUGCUUAUUUCUUUUCCCAAUUAAAUCUUCAAAAUAUUUGGGUGUAAUGGAAUUAGAACUACAAAUUUUUGCACGGAGUGUCCUUCCCAAAUAGUCAAUCUAUUUGUUUAUUAUGCAAGGUUAUUGACAUUUUUGCCCUAUCGAAAUCAUAAUCUCUCCCUUUCUCUCAAUCAAUUUUCUUUUCCCAAUUAAACCUUCAAAAUAUGUCGGGGGAAUCGAACUAAGUUGACAUUCACAAACUAAUAUCACAGAGAAUAGUAAAGAAACAAUUUUUAUGUGAAAUAUUUUUAAUUUUUGGAUUUCAAAAUUUGUAAAAAAUUAGAUAUUAACUGGAAUUUGUUGCGAAGUCCUAUUACAAAAUAAUGAAAUGAUAAUUCUGAGCAAAUUGUUAGUAUAAUUGUAUAAUUUACUUCUUGCUAUUAUAUCUACCUAAUAAGAACUUGCAAGCUUCGGAGGACUCCAUCACGACGUAAGCCCUAUAAAUAUUUAAUUUUCGGAAAAGGGCCAAAAAUGCUCCUAACUUAUUGAAUUUGGCUCAAGAAUACCCUCCUUCCACCUAUUGGACCAAAAAUACCCUCAAGUACUGAAUAUAGAUUAGUCUCAUAACAACUGAUACUAUUGCAAAUAUUCAAAAAAAAGAGGUUUGAUACUUUUGAAUCCAUUGUAUUAAUUUGACAACCUGCUCAUAUGCUCCUUUGAUAGAGCAUUUGACGGGAUUUACUUUCUUUUUGUCCGCCUAACACUAAUGUAAAUACCUUUCUAUAAAAACACUAAUGUAAUACCUGCAAAUGGUAAGCCCGACAGGUGAUGUAUAUUAAUUCGUUUAUAUCUCGUAAUGAAUAGUCAAUGUAUCUGCGGCACUGUAUUUUACAUCUAUUUAAUGUUGUGUAAGAAUUUUUUUGAAGCUACUAUUGGUUUACAUCUAUCUAAUGAAUGGACAGUGCUGUACUAUAGCACUGCCAACUAAUGACGUGAAUUCCUUUCUUUCUUUUCUACCAUGUUUCAGACAUUAGCUAAAAGACCAAUAUUAUCCAAAUUCAUUAGCUUCGACAAAAAACCCAAAUCAGAAUUGGAUUUUUCGAUGAUUCCACAAGAAAUUGAAUUGAAUAAAGACUAAUUACUUUAAGAAUUAACAAUAGAUAAAUUGUGGGUCAGAAAUUGGAUUUUCUUUGAUAAUUAAUCAACCAUUGGUUUUAGGGGCAUUUUUAAGCCAAAAAAUUAUAUUAAGGGCAUUUUUCAUCCAACAUGUGGAAGAAGGGUAUUUUUGAGUCAAUUCAAUAGGUUAGAGAUAUUUUUAAGCCAAAAGAUAACCUUGAGGGCAUUAUUGGUCCAACAGGUGGAAGAAGAGUAUUUUCGAACCAAAUUCAAUAGGUUAUGGGCAUUUUUUGUCCUUUUCCAUUUAAUUUUCAAUAUCUUAAAAAGUAAAAUUUAAAAAUAAAGUAUGAUAUUAAAGAGAUUGUAUUAUCAUUGUCAAAUUAAAAGAGCAGAAAUAUAUAUUUAGAUUUUAAGAUAAUAUGUAUUUCCAAAACAUCUAAAAUAUAAACUUGCUUUUGUGUAUAAUUUAUUCCGUGAAAUUAUAUCUGAUUACUAAAGAAUUUGCAAGCCUUGGGAGACUCCCUCACGGCAUAAGCCCUAUAAAUAUUUAAUUUUCAAUAUUUUUAAAAAGUAAAAUCUAAAAAGAAAAUAUGAUAUUAAAGUGGUUUUAUUUUCAUUAUUAAAUUAAAAGAGAAGAAAUAUAUAUAUAUAUAUACAGAACUUUUCAUUACUUUCCACAUUAGCUACAGACGAAACUUUAUUUUCAUUGUUAAAUUAAAAAAGAAGAAAUACAUUUUUUUUCCCCCUCCCAUUUUAGGAGGAUUUAUAGUGUUUCCACACUUCCCCUCCAGUGUGACUCGAACCCAGGACCUACCGGUCGUGGGUGGAGGUGCUUAAAGAAGAAAUACAUAUAUAUGGAACUUUUCAUUAUUUUCAUUAUUUUCCACAUUAGCUCCAAAUGAAACUUUUCCACAUCAGUGAGCAUUGUGAAAACUUUUUUGAAAUUGAGCAACUUGAAGCAUUUGAAUCUAAGCGAGUGUGGUGGGUUAACAGAAACCCCUAAUUUUGGUGAUUUGCCAAACUUGGAGACACUACAUUUAUGGGGUUGUACGAAUUUGGAAGAUGUCCCUCCCUCUCUUGGACAUUGCAGAAUGCUUACUUAUUUGAAUUUGAGUGAAUGUGGAAAACUUAAGAAGCUUCCAGAAUUGAAAUUGGGCAACUUGAAGGAUUUGUAUCUAGUUGGGUGUAAGAAUUUGGAAGAGGUUCAUCCCUCUCUUGGACAUUGCAGAAUGCUUACUAAUUUGAAUUUGGGUUAUUGUGAUAAACUUAAGAAGCUACCAGAAUUGAAAUUGAGCAACUUGUGGCAAUUGGAACUAAGCGGGUGCCAUAGGCUAACAGAAACCCCUAAUUUUGGUGAUAUGCCAAACUUGGAGAUAGUACAUUUACGUGGAUGUAUGAAUUUGGAAGAGGUCCAUCCCUCUCUUGGACAUUGCAGAAUGCUUACACAAUUGGAUUUGAGUCAUUGUGACAAACUUAAGAAGCUUCCAGAAUUGGGAUUAAGCAAUUUGAAGCAUUUGAAUCUAAGCGGGUGCGGUGGGUUAACAGAAACCCCUAAUUUUGGUGAUAUGCCAAUCUUGGAGAUACUAUCUUUAGGGUGUGAGAAUUUGAAAGAGGUUCAUCCCUCUCUUGGACAUUGCAAAAUGCUUACUGCUUUGAAUUUAUCGGGUUGUGCAAAACUUAAGAAGCUUCCAAAAUUUGUUACCAUGGAAUCUCUUAAUAAAUGCACAGGUUUAGAAGAAUUUCCAGAAAUCUGUGGAGAUAUGCGACGCUUAACAAGACUAAUCAUAAAAUCUACUGGGAUAAGAAAACUGCCUUCAUCCAUUGGGAAUCUGAGCGGCCUCACUGAGCUCUAUCUGGAAGGUUGUGAAGAUCUUUUAAGUCUACCAAACAACCUUUGUAAUUUGAAGAAGCUUAAGAAUCUUGUUCUCCGCGGCUGCAAAAAACUUGAGAAGCUUUCAGAAAACAUUGGUGAUCUGCAAGAGUUAGAGAUACUUGAUGCAAUAGAAACUGCAAUCUCCCAACCACCUCCGUCCAUCACCAAGCUUGGCAAACUUAGUAAUCUCAAUAUUUUGGGUGGACUUCCUGAGGAUUUAGGAUCUUUACAAUCUUUGAAAAGUUUGGUUGUUAGGGGAAGCAAUAUUUCUUGGUUACCCAAAAGCAUCAAUGAACUCUUAGGGCUUGAAACCUUGGACGUUCAAUUCUGUCAGAAUCUUAAUGAAUUGCCAGAAGAGCUACCGCCAAAUUUGGAGAAGCUAUGUGCAGAUUAUCAUUUAGCCUUGAAGAGCAUCAGAGAUCUAGUAAUUAAGUAUCUUAAGUUGCGUUUUCUCUCAAUAUCAUGGUGUGGUCAUGAAAAAUCUGAAUGCGGAACUGUCUCAAGUGAACAAGUUAAUGUGUUGAAGUCACUACAGCAUUUAAUUAGGACAUGCAUCCAGUGUGACUACCACCAAAGGGAUUAUUUUCUCAUUUGUUUUCCCAAAGUGAGAAUUCUAGAGUUGUUCAAUUAUCAGUUUAUAAAUCAAGAUGUGAUCUGUAUUGAUUUGAGCCCAUCUUGGUAUAACGAUAAAUUCAAGGGUUUUUCUAUAUGUGGUUUUCCUGAUGAAUGGGAUGUGAUAUUAACAACUACAUUGGUCUGCAAAUCUGACCCUGGAAGAAAACAUUCCUUGCUGUAUGACCCCUCCAAAUUUUGGCUCAAGUCUGCUACGUAUUUCAUCUACAUACCAUUUGAAACAUUGUGGCACGCUUCUGACAAUAAAGAAGGGAAGAACCCAAAUGAUUACUGCCUGUUUGAGGUAUAUUCAUGUAACGGACAGCAGGAUUGGGGAAUUCACCUGGAGUAUGAGAAUAAUGAUACUGCAGUGGCAACUGAAAUUUGCUGCUCUAUGGAACUUGAGCAACCAAAGCCAUCACUCACUUUUGGACAUUUACAAGCGUCUACUGAGCAUAACAUUGCAACAGACAGGGGAUUACACUUGGGCAAUGAGACUAAGGAUGUAGAGGUGGAUCAAGCAGCAAUGGCAGUUCAAAAGGAACAUGAAUCUCAAAAUGUUGAGCUGACUAGAGUUUGUGAUAGCCCAUCAAGGAAAAUGGGCGAUGCUUCAAGAAAGAGAAAGAGAAAAAGAAAUAGAAAUAGACACAAAAAGAGAAAGAUAGCAGGGACAGAUGAGACUAGCUGCCCUCAUUUCACCAACAAGCACGCAUGAUUUUGAUUGGAUCUUGAGAAACCUCUUCCUUUGCUAGCAAAAAUUUGUCACUGAAAGGAGAAAAUCGAGGAACAAGAGCGGACCCACGUAGAGCAUGGUCUCAACGCUCCUUAGAUUUCACUGUCCUAAGGUAGAACACAAUAGUGUUCCUUUUUUGCCGAUUUGCCGAUUUGCCUUUUUGACGACCACCAUUCGUCACUAUAAGUCAAGCGCCCAGGACCUUAAAAUCCUGGAUCCGCCACUGUGUAGGAAGCAUCUAUCCAAUCAGAUAUUCAAAACAAAGAAUAUGUAAUGAGGGAGCAAUUACUCAACAUCAAAGCCAAGAGCGUGGAGCUUUGCAAGAAAGAUCUUGUUUCCUUGAGACUAGAGUGGAAGGGAAUCAUCUUUCUAAUUGCAAGUCUGAUUACUCCAUUAAUUUAUUUUCUAUUUACCAUUUUAUCGAGAAAGGUGCCUGAUAUUGCUGUGAUUGUUCUUCAUUUUUUUUUGGUUGCUUUAGGUCUCUUCAAUGUCUCUUUCAGUAUAGCUAAAUGCAAGGUACCUGUUGAUAUCAUUCUCAGAUGGGCAAUCCAUUUAUGGUCCAAGUACCGUUGUUUGUCCUACUACAAAGGUAUCUUGAAGCAACUGGUUUCCACAUCAGAAUUUCCAAAGUCAAAAUGAAAUUUAUUCAUAGUAAUUUGGAAAUGAAUUUUAACCUUUAAGUACUGUUGCUUGUCCGGCUGCAAAGUCCCAAACUCUUUCCCGUGCUGCGAAACUAUAAUGUAGUAACAACUGAAAUUGGCUGCUCCAUGGUAUUUGAGAAACUAGAGCCAUCAUGCACUUCUAGUUCACGGGCGUCUGCUGAGCAUAACAUUGCAACGGAUAAAUUGGCUGCUCCAUGGUAUUUGGUUUGGUUGAGCUUUUUGUUGAGGUGCUGUUGUUGCCUACUGUUUUGGUUUGCUAUUGGCUUGAUUGCGAUUUUCCUCCGCCCUUGAGUUUUUUGGUAUUUCUUUCAUCUUGCUUGAAUUUGAAUUUUCUCUGCUGAUUUGGGAUUUUUCAGUGUAUUUGGGGUUUCUCUAUGCAUUUGGGGUUUCUCUAUGCCUCUCACCCUUAAGAAAGUGAUGAAAUCAGUGGAGAAAAGUGAUGAAUAAAAUAGAAACAUGUUAACAAAUCCAUAAACAAGUGAAAAUGUAACGAACAUACUGGAAACUGGAAAGGAUAUAGGAUUAAAUCGAGAUACAAUUUAUUUUCAAACCUAAAAGCUUAUUACUCGGUCAAGUAUUAGCUGGAAAAUGAUAUCCAGCUACUUCAAACAUUCUUAGAAAUUUUUAAUAUGAUUUAAGCUCUUCAAUUGUAUAGCUAGCUUGUGUAUCAUUUGCCAGGUUUAGUACUCAAUUUUUUUUCUUGUUGCUCAUGUAUGUUUCCUGUUUGAUUAGUUGUUAUAUUUAAUAUAACAUGUCUGAAGAAUAUGACUAAGGAAACAUACUAAGCUGUUAAAUGACACCUUUAUUAGAUAUGACUUCACAUCUGGAAAUUCUGAAGCCUGAAAGGAAGAAGCCAUAGAAGCGUGCCAAUGGGAUAUUCUGGAUUCUACUUCUUAACCUUGGAUUGUAUGCAGCAGACCAUGUCUUCCAGGUUCUGAAAUUGUUUUCCCUCCUUGUUGUAGCUUUUCAUUUUAUAUCUUUAAUGUGAUGGAAUGAAGAUAAUAGGCACAACAAAUAUAUUUGAUUCCUUCAGUAGAGAAAGUGGUGCAUUAUGGUUAGCUAAUCCUUUUAUCUCUAUUUUUAGAUACUAGAAUCGAAUCUUGUCUCAACAGGGAGACAUCCUUCUUAUCUUUUUCAUUAUGCCAUUCAGAUGGUCAAUUCAGAAAAGAUUAGAUCAUUUGUUUAACUAUUAUGACUUUUGUUUGACGCCCAUAUUCCUUGUCUAGUAAUAUGGUUAAUAAUGUAUUGAUUGUCCCCUAUACUCUUUGCAGGUUUUGCUUUCUCGCCACAGCAAAUGAUACGGAUAAGUUGUUCCGACAUUUCGAGAUGCUGCAAAACUUUUCAAGGGAAAGGUUAUUGGAUAUAUAGACGAAGAUGAUCAGGAAGAAAUUUAGAUUUGACGGGGACAUUACACUCGAUGAAAUUAAAGGCAUUUGGAGAGAAUUUUUUGGAAAGCACGCUUAAACCCUUUCUAUAAAUCAGAUCCAAUUCCUGAGACAAAUGAUAUGAAUGUGAAAGUUGUGGCUGGGAACAAUUUUGAUGAAAUCGUUCUAAAUGAGUCAAAAGACGUGCUUCUUGAGCCCUACCAAUUAUGGAACUAUGGCGAAUACAAGUUACGAAAGCCUUGAGACUUCAGAGGACCCUAUUGGCCUUCAAAGAAGCUCUGAACUUCUAAUUACAUGUGCUUUUGAUAAGAAGAAGACUGAGCACAUGCCUGGAGACAUGCUCCCUCACAAAGUCAAUCUCGUUGCUGAUACUUAGAGUUAUAGAUAAGCUUACAAAGUCAAUCUCGUCGUCGAUAUGUAGAGUUACAGAUAAGCUUACAAGUCGCUAAGUAGUUGGCCAUCUGUUCAAUCUCGUUGAGUUGGUCAUCUGUUAAAUCUCGCUCCUUAUUUUAGAACUUGUCCGAUUUUAGAUACAUUAGAAUUUAUUUUUGCUGUCAUGUGAUUCAGGAAGGUCACGGGUUCGAGCCGUGAAAACAACCUCUUGCAGAAAUGCAAGGUAAGACUGCAUACAAUAGAUCAUUGUGGUUCGGCUCUUCCACGGACCCCGCGCAUAGCGGGAGCUUAGUGCACCGGGCUGCCCUUUUUUUUUUUAAAGAAUUUAUUUUUGUCUUUUAUUAUUUGUUGUUGCAAGAACGUGUACAAUCAAAAUAACGAGUUGUAGAUUAUUUAUGUUAACAUUUUUGUGGUUUAAUAAA